GUAUUCCAUAAAGGACCUUGAAACAAUGACUCAAGAUGAAGAUGAGAGCGUACGGGCAUUUGGGAUGCGUUUCCAGAAGAUCUCUAUGGUGCUGAUGAAGAAGGGGAAGAUCUCAGAGGUCGAGCGCUGUACUAUCUUCAUCGGACACUUGUCCAAAGGUAGGCAAAAGAGUAUACUUAGAGAUCUUCCGCGCGACAGGCUUGAUUUCCCAGAAGUCCUAAAGCUCGCGAUAAAGGCAGAGGCAGACGAUUACAAGGACUUGGUGUGGAGAGGGAUGAGGAGACGUGACUUCUCUCUCUACAAGGAGUAUGCCAAAGAUAGAUGUCCUGAUUUCAAGGACUAUCCCUGGUCGGAGAAGAAUGAGGCCGUGGCUGAGGAGGUGAAGGAGAUACGAGACAUGGUGAAGGGAUUGACGAGACAGGCCGAUCGGGGUAGAGGCGACUCCCGCGGCCGAUGGGAGAUAGAUCAGGGCCGACGAGAUGGAUAUAGGGAUGACAGAUACGAGAAAUCGGACCGAGAUGGAUAUAGGGACGAGAGAUACGAGAGGUCGGGUCGAGAUGCCUACAGAGGUAGUAGGUAUGAAAGAGGAGAUCGGGACUGGGAACGACGAGAUGGGUCGCGCGGACGGUUUGAGCACGGGGGAGAUGCGAACGAGCAGCGCGACGAGUCGCUGGGAUGGUACAACAGAGGGGACCGCCGGUAUGAUUCGCGAGGGCGGUAUGAGCAAGGAGGGUCUCGAGGAGACCGCCGCAAGGAUUCGCGCGGUCGAAAUGAGAGAGCGGGAUAUGGCGUCUCAUCAGAACCAUAUCCCAAGUCGCCUGACCCCAAGGCAGCCAGGAGUUCGAUCUCGAGAAGCGCAGACGACAGGCCAUCUACUCCCAGGAACUCAUGCGUCUACUGUAGAGGAGAAGAUCAUAUCAAGAGGGAUUGCCCGGACCUCAAACGGGCAAUAGAUGAGGGAUUUGUCGUGCUUGACGACCGCAAGUACGUCAAGUGGGCAGAUCGUCUGCGAGAUGUAUCGAUGUUCCCUUCGAUGAAGGAGAAUGUAGAAGCAAGGAGAGUAAAGCCGAGUAAAGAAAAGGAGCUGGUCAGGAGCCAGAGCAUCAAGAUAACCUUUGAGGGGGAUAUGGCGACCACACCCAUAAGGGUGGCAGCCACAAAGUCGGCGAGAGGGUCUACAUCGAAGAAGACUGACACCGAUUACGUGAUGACGGAGAAGGACGGGCAGCGGGUCGAUAGAGAGGAUGUUAUCCUUUCGCUGCGAAAGAGGGGAGUGAAGAAGUUCUUAAUGAAGAGUUCGCUGGACGAGAUUGACACGGUCGAGCCACUGAGGCGGGCCCUUCGGCAACCCAUGCAGUGCUCUAUUCUGGAGUACCUGGCGGCAUCGAAGCCGGCUCGUGAGGAGUUACAGAUGAUCACGCGGAAGACUCGCAUACCUCUAUCGGAGGAGGGUCAGGGGGCCCCUAAGGCGGAAGCUCCUACAGUAGCAGUAACGGGGGUGACUGCCAAAGCAGAUUGCAUGGCGACAGUCCUUCUCGAUGGAAUGGAAGGUGUGCCUCCAGACAAGUUUUAUAUACUUGGUAGCGGGCAACGAGGUGACGAUACGAGACGUGGGCUCCGUGCCACACGCCGAUUUACUGGCAGAAGGCGCCGCAAGGAUGAGGCAGAGGUUGUACCUGGAGUUAGAAGAUUCGUCGAGCAGCACCUAACGGAUAUUUGCGCGGUACUCGAGCAGCUGGACGAUGCGAAUUUAAUAGUCAGCGGAACAAAGAGCCGAUGGGUCGUCUCGACUAUUAAGAUAUUAGGCUUUAUCUGUGACUCGAGAGGACGCCGAGCCGAUCCGGCGAAGUUAGACAAACUUCUGAACUGGCCGUCACCGUUAUGUAGCCCAACCGAGGUCCGACAGUUUCUGGGAGUGGUCGGUUACUGGCGUAUAUUCAUACGGGGGUAUGCGGAGAAGGCUGAGCCAUUGAGGUUACUCCUUCGAAAGACUGUAAAAUUCUACUGGGAUUCUUCGCAGGAACUCGCUAUGCAAGAACUUAAAGACGAAUUUAAGGAGGGAGGACGCGUGUUGGACGUGCCGUUCUUUGACGAUGAGACCGAGAGACCCUUCAUAGUAUCCACGGAUGCUGGACCAUGUUCAGUAGGUGGUUUGCUGUCUCAGAAGGACGCUGGAGGGAAGGAAAGACCGUUAAGAUUUGAGAGUAUGACUCUUAAUACGGCUGAGCGUAACUACAAUCAAUUCAAGAAGGAAGUGUUAGCUGUUCUCCGGUGUCUAGACACGUUCAGACACUAUAUCUAUGGGCGACGGUUCAUCUUGAGAGUAGACCCCAUCGCGGUUGCCUCUGUCCUCCAGAGGGACUUUAGUCUGACGGACCCGACCAUUGCCCGAUGGUUAAUACGGAUUYGGCUAUACGAUUACAUGGUAAAGAGGAUAUCUGGCACUAAAAAUGCCGUGGCAGAUGGACUUUGGCGCAUCCCUCUUGAGGCUGAGCGCCCGAUAGAAGUUGGGGCCCUGACUAUGGCGGAGCCAGGACCCACCGAGCGUUUUCUGGUUAACCUUUACGAGGGCCAAUACCGAAUGAUCGGGCUACAUUUGUAAGGAAAGGAGAGUCAAGAAUCAGAUAUCCGGAGACAAGCGGCCACGUACUGCCUUAGAGCUGGCCAUCUUUUCCG